UGGCGGCACAGUAAGACAGCGCACCAGGACUCCGCGGAUGGCCAGAUCCACUUGUGGACUUCCUUCACUGACACGCUUCAAUCGGGAUUCUAUCGUUCAGCUUUUCCUCUCAAGGGCUCAUUACAAGCGCGACGACUGAGCAGGAUUUCUCACCCUGGGACUGCGGGCCAAAGGGACUUUCGAGACUGUGUUUCAACAGCAGCCAAACACAGCAGCCACACAGGCCAGGAUCUGGAUGCUCCACAGUGCAAUGAGGAUCUAAAGCUGGGAGUGUGUCCCACUGAAAGCACGUGCUGAAGAGUUUCAGACGCCAGUACGACAGCUUUGUGUGUGUGUAUGUGUGUGUUUGUGCACGCUCAUUGUGCUGCGUUCAAAGCCCUGUGGAACAAGGAGAGGACUUAAACCAAAGAGUAUGGUUCAGCUAUCCACUGCAGUCUGCCUACUGGGAGGCCUGUUUUUUAUAGCUCCCGUUCUCAUGGCUCCAACGCAAUCCAGUAUGUGCACACCGCUGAAGACGCUCAACGAAAGCCUCAGCCAAAGACGACGGUACAUGAAGCACAACUUCCCCAUCAACUACACCAUCAACGUUCAUAAUAAAGAAAUCUUUAGACUGUCAAACAUCAGCAGACUGAGGUCACGGAUAGAGGGGUUGAAUGAGCUGGUUCUCCAGAGGCUGUGGUUUCAGGUUUACCAGGGCGUUUUAAAAAAGAUCAUCCAGGUUUUGCCACAGAGACAUCCGUCACGUCCUUAUACUGCUGAGCUGGAAAGACGCUUCAGGGAUGCUGAGGGAGUCUUUGUGCAGUCACAUCCUGCUGAGGUGUUCCAGGAGGACCUUCCAAAUAAAAUUCAGGACAUUUGGGAUAGUUUAACAGAAGAGCCUGACAGAGUGCCAGAGUCGAGCUGGCGAUUUGCUUCUCCAAAGUCUCUCUUGGACAACUUGUGUCACACCAUGUACUGCCUCUUCAGUGAAUGCUUUUCCAGCGCAGACGUUCAGGAGAACUACUGUGAAGUUUCUCAUUGGCGAAAAGGCAGGAAGAAAGACUUAGUGCCCGAAAGCUGAGAAGAAGCCAGCGGAGUCGAGUUGUCCUUAGUAAUUAGGGAUUAGUGUUAUUAUCUCCCUCGAGCUUUAGGGAGAUGAAUAAAAGGACGAUCCACACUGAAAUGAGACAGCUCAGUCCCGAUUUGUGAACUUCAGUAAGUCUUUUCCAAAUCUACUAAAUAGAGCCAAAACUGUCUUGAGGACGUGAACCCUGGACUCUGUGUGUCAAAGCAGAUGGUAAUUAAAAGUAUAGUAUCACUGAUACCUUUAUGAACAUACAGACUUUCUAUUAGAUGAAAUAAAACUCAUUUUUGUGUAAACACAUUAACUUAUUAGAUUCUUUCAGUACGGAAGCACGAAGUAUUUCCCUCGUGACGUCAUCUCAGAUUAGGGGUGUGGCAUCUUUGGAAAAGAUUUGCUCGUGUUCACGAAUGGCGACUGAACUGAUGUAUGAUCGCUAUUCUUUUCUAAGGUGGAUUGUUUCUAAACAAAGGGUUAAGUUCACCUUGCAAGGGCAUGACUGUAGCUUUGCCAAACCACUGCUCAAAAAAGUUGUGAUGUUCUCCCGAGGGCCUGUGUGGUCCACCUCAGUGGCCGCUGACAGAUCGGGAAACUUCGGCUGACUUUGUACAUUUGCCAGACUUCUCCUCAUGCAAAGGUGCGCUAAAGCAAGAGCAGUUUCUAUGAACUCCGAGCAUAAAUGCAAACUGAUAACUACUGGUUUUAUCCUUCAGUUGUUGACUGUACAUUUAUAUACAGCUGCCCACAUUGCUUAUUCAAAGGCUGUUGAAAAAUAUUUGCUCAUUUUUGCUCCGUUAUAUGUAUUUUUCUAUAUGUUUAUCAUGCAAAGAAUGAAAUUGGUACGCAAACAAUUAACACGCAGUCAUCUCCCUCCAUCCGACCUAUGCAUUUUAUAUUUGCUGUAUAUCUCUUAUGUUUUUUUUGUUUUUUUUUACAUUAGGCAACUAUUAAAUAUUUUGAGGACUUACCACUUGAGCAAAGCUCAAGUGAUUGUUAGCAUUUUAAAUAUGAUGUUACAUCACACUCAAAUGUUAUUGGCCGCAUAGUUAAGUCAUAUUCUCUUAAUAAUAAUAAUAAUAAUUGACACUUCUGUCUGGUGUCUAUUAUCUCGAGUUGGCCCUUAUGGAACUUUAAUUAUGAACAUGUUGGGAAUGCAUGUAAACACAUACACACAUAAGAUUUGACUU